AUGGGGGUGCAGAGUGUGGGUUCGGGGAUAGGGGUGCAGAGCGUGGGUUCAGGAAUGGGGGUGCAGAGUGUGGGUUCAGGGAUGGGGGUGCAGGAUGGAUCCGUCUUUGUGGUGGGGUGCUGCGAUGAGGGGGCUGGGGAUCUGGCGGGGGCGGGUUCAAGCGCGGAGCUCGGCCCCUGCAGCCCCGGGCGCAGGGCUGGGAGCGGGGCCAGCGCCGGGGGGGCGGCGGGGACGGGCUUUUGCGGGGACCUGGCCCGCAGCCCCCGGACCCGCUCCUGCAGCCCCCGGGCCCGGGACUGUCCCGUCCUGCACCCCCGGGUCCCGUCUGGUAUCCCCCGGUACCGCCCCAUAUCCCCGGUACCGAUCCUGCUCUCUCUGGUACCGUUCCAUACCCCCGGUACCGAUCCUGCUGCGCCUCCCCGGUCCCAUCUUCUGCUCCUCGGUACCGAUCCUGAUCCCCCUCGGAUCCUGCUGAGGCUCCCCGAUCCCAUCUCGCUCUCCCCGGUACCGAUUCGGAUCCCCCCCGGUCCUGUUCCAUUUUCCCCGGUCCCUUCUCGUGCUCCCCGGUACCGAUCCUGCUCUCUCCGGUACCGUCCCAUAUCCCUCUGGAUCCUACUGAGUCUCCCCGGUCCCAUCCCGUGCUCCCCGGUCCCGAUCCUGACCCUCCCCGGUACCGAUCCUGCUCCUCCCCAGUCCUGUUUCAUUUUUCCCCGGUCCCAUUUCGUGCUCCCCGGUACCGAUCCUGCUCUCCCCGGUCCUGUUUCAUUUUUCCCCGGUCCCAUUUCGUGCUCCCCGGUACCGAUCCUGCUCUCCCCGGUCCUGUUUCAUUUUUCCCCGGUCCCAUUUCGUGCUCCCCGGUACCGAUCCUGCUCUCCCCGGUCCUGUUUCAUUUUUCCCCGGUCCCAUUUCGUGCUCCCCGGUACCGAUCCUGCUCUCCCCGGUCCUGUUUCAUUUUUCCCCGGUCCCAUUUCGUGCUCCCCGGUACCGAUCCUGCUCUCCCCGGUCCUGUUUCAUUUUUCCCCGGUCCCAUUUCGUGCUCCCCGGUACCGAUCCUGCUCUCCCCGGUCCUGUUUCAUUUUUCCCCGGUCCCAUUUCGUGCUCCCCGGUACCGAUCCUGCUCUCCCCGGUCCUGUUUCAUUUUUCCCCGGUCCCAUUUCGUGCUCCCCGGUACCGAUCCUGCUCUCCCCGGUCCUGUUUCAUUUUUCCCCGGUCCCAUUUCGUGCUCCCCGGUACCGAUCCUGCUCUCCCCGGUCCUGUUUCAUUUUUCCCCGGUCCCAUUUCGUGCUCCCCGGUACCGAUCCUGCUCUCCCCGGUCCUGUUUCAUUUUUCCCCGGUCCCAUUUCGUGCUCCCCGGUACCGAUUCUGAUCACCCCCGGUCCUGUUCCACUUUCCCCGGUCCCAUUUCGUGCUCCCCGGUACCGAUUCUGAUCACCCCAGUCCUGUUCCUUUUUUUCCCCGGACCCAUCUCCUGCUCCCCGGUACCGAUCCUGAUACCUCCCGGUACCGAUCCUGGUUUCCCCCAGUCCUGUUUAAUUUUUCCCCGGUCCCAAUCCCGCCCCCCGC